UGUUAGUUAAGAGAUCAGUCUGCAGGCUUUGUAAACCAAUCAGAACCAUUUAUCUCAACUGGGGUCUUCCAUUAAGAGUCAAUUGGACAAGUGCUCAAAGCCAUAUGAGAUCACAACGGCGCCACUCAGCUUACAGAAAAGGGAAAUUGUAUCACUUUGCUUCAAAGCCUUCAGGGGAGAGCAAGAUUUUUAUCACCAAAGAGAGAUAAAAGUUUAGCCAGGCCUGGAUUUGCACCCCCUCCAGCCAAUCGAACAAGAGCAUAAAUACCAGUAUUGAUCAGAGAAAGCACAGAGCAGUGGGCGAGGAGACGUACCAGAGAUGGAGAGAGCAGACAAAGAGGUCAGCGUGGCCGCCAUGAAGGAGUACUACAAGCAGUUUGAUCCUCGGUCUUACCUGCGGUACAACUAUAUUCCUCCUCGUGCUGACUUCACACGGACUGACAGCAUCGUGCCGUGGAAGCUGAGCUGCCUUCACCGUGCCUUCCAAGAAGGUGAUGUUCAUGGGCGCACCCUGAUUGAUAUUGGCUCUGGACCUACCAUCUAUCAAUUAUUAAGUGCCUGUGAGCAUUUCUCUAACAUCAUCAUGACCGACUUCUUAGAGGUCAACAGACAGGAGAUCAGGCGCUGGUUACAUGGAGAGCCAGACACAUUUGACUGGACAGCCUUUCUCCAACAUGCUUGUGAGCUGGAAGGCAAAGGGAGCUGCAGCUGGCCAGAGAAGGCAAAGCGGCUGCGCACGGCCAUCCAUGAUGUGAUACCCAUCGACGUUCACAGUCCGAACCCUCUUCAUCCCUACAGCCUGCCCGAGCUGGCAGAUUGCUUGGUGUCUUCUUUUUGUCUGGAAGCAGUAAGUCCUGACCGUACCAGCUUCCAGAAAGCGCUUACCAAUCUUGGCACCUUACUGAAACCUAAUGGGCACUUCUUGAUGAUCGGGGCCCUGGAUGAAUCCUACUAUCAAGUGGCCGAUGGGGUCCAUAUCCCCGUGGUGCCCGUGGAUCAGGAGUUUGUGAGUGCCACCCUGAAGAGCUGCGGCUAUGAGAUUUGUACUUUUCAGUGCUACACUCUGCCACAAGAUAUGAAAGUGGGAGUGGAUGACGUGGCUGGGAUUUUCUUUGUGAAGGCAAAGAAGAAGUAGGAAGGGGAGCACCAAAUUGGGAUGUUUGACCUGUUACUCGACAGGCAAGU